AUGGACCAAAGCGGUGCCGUAAGCUUCCGCCAUCGCCGGUCUCCAUCCUCCGAUAGAUUUCUCGGCGUGUUCUCCCCUCCUUCUAAGGACACCGCCUUCACUUCCUCUUCCCCUGUCGCAGGCGGUGGCGGCGACGAGCUUAAUGAAGACGAUGUAUUUUGGACCGGCGACUUCUCCGAGCCCCAGCGCGGCCGCUCCUCUACUCCAAAUUAUCACACGCGACAGACCUUUAGACAGCCGGAGAAGUUCGGCAUCCUCGCGGCAUUAUCGGAGGAUCAACGGAAACCGGACUCUCAAGUCAUCCUCCUGAAACCCACACUGCCUUCCUCACCUUCCUCGUCAACAACAUCGCUCUCACGCGCCAUCCCUUCAAUUCCUAAACCCCCGAUUGAAUACAAAUACUCACAGUCCAUGCCUUCCCGACGGUUCCAGCAAUCGGCACCUGUGAAUGUCCCGAUGAUGCCAAUGAAGCCAAAGAACGGGCAGCUUGCCGACGUGGUCGAUGAUGACGUGGACGACGACGAGAUAUUGCCGCCGCACGAGAUCGUUGCCCGUGGAUCGUCAAAAUCUCCAAAAACUACCUUCUCGGUGCUCGAAGGCGUGGGAAGAACGCUGAAGGGGAGAGAUCUAAGGCAGGUCCGCAAUGCCGUCUGGCGUCAAACAGGUUUCUUCCCGUUUUCCAUCUUCUUUGUCAGUCGCAUCUAA